UCGCGCCAAGGUAGUCACCACAGGCUAUUCACGACACAGUAGAGAUCCAGACGUCACUGUUCACGUCUACUGCUAGCAUCACAGGGUACUCGUUUUUCCAGGAGGGACUAAUUCAGUAGCUGCUCCACGAUCGACUCGAAUGGCGUCUUCCUCAAUUGUGAAUUCCAGUGCAACUCUCAACACCUUCCCCUCUCGUUUCUGUGAAUCCCCUAAUUCGCGCAUUACUGCUGUUGGUUUCUUCUCACUUCUCCCCAACAUAAGCCCCUCUGCACACGGUGUCACUCUCAAAGGCGGCCCCUUUAGUGCUUCGCGUUUCCCAAUUGUCCGAGCUCAAAGCUCUCCAGAAUACCUUCCAGAUGCAAACUUUUACAAGGUCGAAGCAAUUCUAAGGCCAUGGAGGGUCCAAAAGGUUUCUUCGGCACUUCUGGAAAUGGGAAUUCGUGGUGUAACAAUUUCUGAUGUCCGGGGCUUUGGCUCUCAAGGUGGAUUAUCAGAGAGGCAAGCAGGUUCGGAAUUUUCUGAGGACAAGUUCUUGGCAAAAGUUAAGAUGGAGAUUGUUGUCAGCAAAGACCAGGUUGAAGCAGUCAUAGAAAAGAUAAUUUCAGAAGCUAGAACUGGCGAGAUUGGUGAUGGCAAAAUUUUCUUGAUUCCUGUUGCAGAUGUGAUAAGAGUGCGUACUGGAGAGAGGGCGGAAAAGGCUGAGAGGAUGAUGGGUGGAAGAGCUGAUAUGAUCAGUGUGUCGAGUGCUUGAAGAGGUGACUGCAAUGCAAAGAUACUAUCACCUUUCUUGAUCCAGCAGCAUGGAGGUGCUGGUUUUGAUGUUUCUAAGAAAACAAGAACUAGUUCAGGGUGUGUGGAACGAUGUGGUGUAGUUAAAAAUAUUUUUAUUUCGUAAUUUUUAUGAGAAUAAGUCCUAGUGCCCCCUAAUUCAAGGUUUUUUAUUUUUUAA